CCUGAAUAUAAACCAAACAAGCCUCCACACCCUGCAGUCUAGGGAAGUUCCUCUGCAUUCUUGCCAUACAUGCACACACACACACACACACACACACAUAUACACAAAAAAUUCACGCACAUUAACAGGAAAGCUGUGAGGACUCUGCGGGCUGAGAGGGGGUGUGGUGCGGUGAGGUCGCGGUGGGCCUGCCGGAGGCCUGCUGAAGGACCGGAGACCAGACGCUCAUCAUCCAGGCCCCGCCAGUGCCAUCAUGAGUAAGGCAGGAUGCGACGAAGGUGGACGAAGUAUCUCCGAGGAGAACCCUGAGAAGUCGCCUCGUGACAAGCCCCCGGGUGCUCCGACAACAGGGCCGGGAUGGACGAAGGUUAGCUGCCCCUGUUGUGUGUCAGAGCGGGUCGAGCCACUGGUUCUGGUGAAACUUGGCGAGAAGGUCCGUCCUGAGACAAAAAGGUGGCUCCUCAAGCUGAUUGGCACUCCUCAGAAAGAUGGAGGUGCAUCAUUACUGGCCCACCCGGGUGAAGAUGCCACUGGUGAUAUCAUCAUGGUCUCUGCCCCGCGGUGCACAUUGCUGCAAGCCACCGAGGAGUUGGGUCUGUGCAAGACGUACAACACCGGGGAAAUGGAGACGUUCUCAUACGACGACAGAGACAACUUUAGACACUCAGACAACAUGGAGAUCUUCCUGACGCUGGCUGAGAGACAGUUCAUAGUAAAGUAUGAGCUGGAGGGUCUGCGUGCGCAGAGGGAUGUGAGGAUACCUGGACUGGCUGACAAGUACACCCUUCAGCACCGAGACAACAUCUGGCAGAAGAUGAGCUCCGCUGGUGUUGUCGUGGACACGUUCCCUCUUCAUAACCGGGUAAAACUGAAAGAGCUCAGUAAAUCCUGGUACUCUGGGAACCAGCUGUCACAACCACUGGAUUCAGUCAAUGCAUAUUUUGGAAGCGCAGUGGGCUUCUACUUCAGCUUCCUUGAUUUCUACACCUGGUCUCUGCUGCCCCCUGCUAUGCUGGGUCUUUCCAUCACAUACUUCUCCAGUGAGGUGCAGAAGGAAGCGGUGGAGGCAGUGGCUGGCUCGCAGGCCGAGAUCCACAACGAGGAGUCUGGACUGGCCGUCAGCGGUCACAUGAUCCAGGCUGUGUUCAGCAUGCUCUGGUCCACUGUCUUCAUGGAGCUGUGGAAGCGUCGCAGCUCGUCCAUGUCUUACCGCUGGGGGACCCUUCACCUCGCCGAGCGCUUCGCAGAGCCUCGGCCCGGUUUCCACGGUGAUCUUGGGUUGAACCCUGUCACGGGCCGUGUGGAGCCCCUGUUUCCUGAAUGGCAGAGGGAUCUGCGGAUGGCGCUGGUCUCCAUCCCGGUGGUCGGACUGUUUCUGGGCAUGGUGGUCCUCGGUAUGCUGUGUUUCUACUGGGGGGAAAACCAGGUGAUGUGGCUCCAUGAAGAAUGGGACUCAAUGGUGUCUCAGACGUUACUCUACGCACCCUCUGUGCUUCACAUUGUCUACACGAAUGUGCUGGCUACUGUUUACAAAACCGUGGCCCAGUCUCUGACUGAAUUUGAGAACCACAGAGAAGAGUCUGCCUUCCAGAACCACCUAACAGCCAAAGUCUUGGUGUUCACAUUCUUCAACUACUUUGCAGUCCUCUUUCACAUUGCAUUCGUCAAGCAGGAUGUGCCUUUGCUUCGUAAGCGCCUGGCGUCUUUGCUGGUCGUUACCCAGUUGGUGAACCAGGUGACAGAGGUGGUGGUACCCUUCCUGGUAGACCGCUUCGUUAGCGCUCCCCACAGGAAGGAGAGUGAAGAUGACCCAGAGGAGGACAAAUUUAGAAAUCAAAUCACACUGCCUGUGUUCCCGGGCCUGUUUGCAGAGUACAUUGAGCUCCUGGUGCAGUUCGGCUAUCUGAGUCUUUUCUCGUGCGUCUACCCUCUGACGGCCGUGCUGCUGCUCCUCAACAACGUCACAGAGAUCCGCUCCGACGCCUACAAGAUCUGCAAACUCUUCCGCAAGUCCUUCUCCGCCCCCGUGGCCAACAUGGGUGUAUGGCAGAUUGCUUUUGAGAUCCUGAGUUUCGUCGCGGUCAUGUCAAACUGCUGGCUGCUGACGCUGUCGCCGCAAUUGCAAAGGUUGCAUCACGAGGGCCACGUGAGCAGCACCAACAUUGUGCUGCUGGCCAUUAUGGCCGAGCAUGUUCUCAUCAUAGUCAAGGUGAUUGUGGCAGCCCUCAUUCCGGAUGAACCAGACUGGAUCAGAAAAAAGAAAGCCCACAUGCAGUACACAUCCAUGCAGGCUUUACGACAGCAGAACCUGCCUUCUGAGGAGCCCUGAAUCUGUUUCAAUGUGUGAGCAACGGAUCAACAACACAGAAAAUAAGAACAAAUUUGAGCUUUAAUAGCAUGUUGCUGUACCCGUAUACACUUCAUAUGUACUUUUAAAGGUGCCAUUUUAUACUUUGGAGACACGUCACAUGCUGUUUAUUUUAUUGAGAUUGGGGGGAAAAAAAAGGAAUUUUAUUUCAAAUUCAUACUAGGGAUAUAUAUAUUAUAUCAGCCUUAGAUGAAGAAAAUCCUAUCCAAUGUGACUAAAAAGGAAUCUUAAGUGCAAAGUAAAGGCUCAAAGGGCUAAUUAUAGCAGCGGAAUAAAUAAUAUGUAUAAUAUGCACAGGAAGAGGACGAAUUUAAGAAAAAUUUAAAAAAUCAAAAGCAGAGUUGUUUCUAAUCAAAUUUUUAACUGUGCAAGGCAGGGUUUCCCCCCAUAACAACAUUAAUAUUGAUUGUCUUCAAAGUCCCAACUGGCAGCUUUAAUUCCACCAAGCUUCUUGCUUUUAAGCCACACGGUGCUUCAACAAUGUACACCCUCUGAGUUGCACUUCCCUAUCACACACGCACUUAAAAGUGCAAUUCAGACUUUAGAAUGUUCAACGUGUGUCCCUUUCUGGAACAAUAUGUGGAAACUGAAUGGAUACGCUGUUUGUUGUACAGGAAAUGCCUUUAAAAGGUUUACAUUACAUAUUUUCCAGGGGUGGUUGAAAGGGAGUUUUGGUCAUAGAGGCAGAAUAUUUAUUAUCACGCUGACACUGCUUUCUUGUCAAGAUUUGUGUUCAGUGUAUUGUCCAAAGUGAUCUCAGCUACAGCGAGUGACAAUAGGUACAUAUCACAGUAAACAGCAGUUUACUUUAAAAGCUACUCUGUCUUUAUUGUAACCUAGAUAGGAUUUAGGAACGUACUACAAAGUACUACUCAUGAUUUGCUUUGGUGAAGUGGUUGUAAUAAUGAUAUGAUCGAAUGUGUUUUCUGAAUUUUGGGCAGUGAUUUUCAGCUCGCCCCCUACAGGGACGACAGAAGCUCACCGAAACAUGCACACGAUUUGGGAAAAUGCCCCCAAAUAUUACAAAAAGUAGAUCAUGAUACUGCCAAUUGAACCGAUAGAAUCUAUAGAAUGAUGUAAGAACAAAAACAACAAAAGUUAUUUUGAGAGAAACAAGCAAAAACCAAAAGAGCACUUGUACUUUGUUACUUUUUGUCAGACGUGGCGCUUUUAUGCACUUGCUAUUCUGUAUUGCGCCUCUAAUGACUGCUUAACUCAGCAGUAUUACCACUAAUUUGCCUUCUACUACAUUGUGCUGUUCACUCUUUAGUGCUGGCAGAUUGACUAUCAUCCAUACAGUAUGUGAAUGUGGCAAAUCAUACAAUGUGGAGGUUUCUUCUUCCAAAACAUUGCUCUAACAAUGGCGCCUCGCUGUUUCGAGCAGAAAGUUAUUCCACUUCUAGCCACUAGUAGGCACCUUAAGACCAAGUGUGCUGCAUGUGUUAAUUCAAGAUGAACAAUUUAGUCAGGGCGUCUGGUCGAAAGCGGGUGUGAACAUGGGCUGUAUCACAAUAAAGACGAGUGAAAAAG